GUCGACCAUGUCUGCCCCCUCCCUCCUCCGCCUCGCCGCCUUCCCCCGGCCCUCCGCGCUCGCUUCCUCUUCUCGAGUUCCUCUGAGUGCAAGACAUGCCGGCACGCGCAGCGCAGCUCGCGCCCCACGAUCCCCGAGCUCUGUCUGCUCGCGACGGGCGUACUCGCAGCAGCAGCAGCAGACCCCGCCCGACCCCAAGCUGAACCCGUCCCACUCAACCUCCUCCGGCGAGCGGGACCGUGCUACCGUCGGCGUGUUCACGCCCAAGGCCGCCGCGCUCUUCGUCCUCACCGGCGCCGCCCUCUUCCUCUACUUCCGCAACGAGAAGGAAAAGCUCAUCGAGCAACGCCGCAAGGAACGCGAGGACCAAGCCGUCGGCCGCCCCCAAGUCGGCGGGCCCUUCACCCUCACCACGCACAAGGGCGAGCCCUUCACCGACAAGGACCUGCUCGGAAAAUGGUCCCUCAUCUACUUCGGCUUCACCAACUGCCCCGACAUCUGCCCCGAAGAGCUCGACAAGAUGAGCGCCGCAGUUGACAAGCUCGACGCGGAAUACGGCCCAAUAGUGCAGCCCAUCUUCAUCUCCGUCGACCCCGCGCGCGACUCCGUGGAACAGGUCGCGCGCUACGUCGCCGAGUUCCACCCGCGCCUCGUCGGCCUCACCGGCGACUACGCGACGCUCAAGGCGACCUGCAAGGCCUACCGCGUGUACUUCUCCACGCCCCCCGACGCGAAGGCGACAGACGACUACCUCGUCGACCACUCCAUCUUCUUCUACUUCAUGGACCCGCAUGGGAAGUUCGUCGAUGCGUUCGGGAAGGCGACGACGGAGGCGGAGGUCGUCGAGCGCGUCAAGAAGGAGGUAGCGCGCUGGGAGGGCGAGUAUGGACGCAAGGUGUAGCUGGGGGGAGGACGAGGGGUACCUUACAUACGUUCGCACUCGGGCCUAUCACGUCCGCUCUAAUGCACAUCCUCACGCCUCCACUCAUACAUACGUACCGUCCAAUCGACUAAUAUGCACACUUCGUCCG